AUGUUCAAAAAAUCUUCUCGUGCAAGAAACAUUCGUAGAAGAAUAGAGACCACGGAUGAUGAACCAGCCGAGGUUGAACAAGAAGAAACCGUAAAAAAGACAAUUACAUCAACAGAAAAAAAAAAGAAAACAAAUAAAAAGACAUUAAAUGCAUUAAGUUUCGAGGAUGAAAUAGGCGAUGUAGAAGAAUUUCAAAUUAAAAAGUCAAAAGCAAGUAGAAAAUUUAAAUUAAAACCUACAGAUGAAUUAACUGAAGAAAUGGAGGUUGAUAAACCAAUUUCGAGCUAUGAUGCUGAUACAUUAAAAAAGCUUCGUGAAGGUACACCAAGUUUACCCAUAUCAGUUAUUUCGACACUACAGCAAGAUGAUUCUUUAUUACAUGAAAAAUUUCCUGCUACAAUGAAUGCGACUAUUCCAGGCGUUGGUAUUCCCGAUGCAAAACAAUUACGGAAGGGAAUCAGCAUUGUAGAAAGCGAUGAUGGAUUUAUUCCUUUAGAUGCAGAUGCAGAUAUUAAUGAUAAAGCUGGAUCUAGACUAGUACGAGAGGAGGACGAUUUUAAUGAUGAUGGCGAAGCAGAAUUUGAACAAUAUGUAGGUGAUAAGUUAACAUUUAAUAAAGGGUCAGUAAAGAAUCAAGAAAAAGAACAUUUAGAGGGAGUUCGAGAGAUGAUUGAAGAAGCAGAAGAUGAUGAUGAACGCUCAGAAGAUUUAGAGAGAUGGGAAGAAAAUAUGAUGAGAUUUGGUGGUGCAAAAAGUCUACCUAUUGAACACGAUCCAUUUGCGGCUCCAACUAAUUAUCGACCAGCACAAAUUCCUGAGGAAUCUACUUUGCCUAGUCUAUCUGAUGUAAUGAAAUAUUUAGAUUUAUCUACAGACGAGGUAGCACAGUCAAUGCAACAAUAUGAAUCGAAUUUAGCAGAUUCAUUAAAAACAAUUGAAAAUUUGAACAACACUGAAUUAGAUUUAACUAAAGAAAUCGAAAGAAGCAGUAAUCGGUACAAUUAUUUCCAAGAAUUGACACAAUUUGUGAAUGAUUUAGGAGAUUUCUUAGAUUCUAAAUUUCCCGAGUUAGAAAAAAUCGAAGCAGAUGUACACGACAUUUUAUUUACCAAAACUGAAGUGAUUUUAGAACGUAGAUGGCAAAAUAAUUUAGAUGACUUGUGUACAUUCGCAAAUGUUGAUAUAUCACAAUUAAAUAAGGAAGAGGAAGAGGAAGAGGAUGAAUUUGGAAGAGUAAAAGAACUACGUAAUUCAGAAACUGCACGUAAUCGAAGAAAAUCAGAACGACAACAACGUAUUAAACAGCAAUUAGAACACAUAUCAGAAUUAGAAAGAGAAGAUGCUAUUAAAGAAGAGGGUUUAUGGUCAGACGAUGAGAUGAGUGAAGAAUAUUUAAAUCAAAGAGAAACAAAACUAGAAUAUAUCCAAACUACUGGCGUUGAAGAAAUGAUGGCUAAUGUGAAUGAAGAUUUUAGAACACUGCGUGCUGUUAAAGAUAAAUUUGAAGCAUGGAAAACAGAGUAUUAUGAUGAUUAUCAAAAGGCAUAUGGAAGUUUAAGCUUACCAGGAGCAUUUGAGUUUUAUAUUAGAACUGAAUUAGUUUCAUGGGACCCAUUUUCUGACUCGAUGGAACUUGAUAGUAUGCAAUGGCAUAAUAUUCUGUCUGAAUAUGGUGUUUCAAUAGAACAUGAUGAUCCUGAUGUUGAAAUGCUUAAUAAAGUAGUACAAAAGGUCAUUAUUAAGAAGGUUAAAAAAAUGAUAGAUACCCUCGAUGCAGCCUCAUCAAAGCAAAUGAGAUAUGCGUCUCAGAUAUUGGAACAAAUUUCUUAUUACGUUGACAUAAACGAGAAGGCAUAUCAGGAAUUGACUAUGGAAGUUAUGAAGACCUUAGAGAGUCAAAUAACUCGAUUUGUAGACAUAAUUGGAACAGCUGUGCUCAAAACUGAUCUAGAUGCUGAAAGUAUAGACACCAAACAUCGUUUCUUCUGGGCACAUUGUAAAUAUCUCAAGACAUUAAAAAUAUUGCGAAGACAGUUACCAAAAGAAAGACUAACCCAAUUAGGCAAUAUUAUUAUGGACAGAAUUCUUACGCCUAUUCUUAAACCAGAAUUAUAUUCUACAGAUCUUCACCUUCAAAAUGAAGCAUUAUUACUUUUGUCACAUUUACAAAAAUAA